UCAGAUAGGAAUGGUUGUAACAGGAGAAGAGGGAGAUGAUACCAGGGUGUUUAAUCAGGGAAUCAUCUCUGAAUGGUUUAACCAACGAGAAGAUUACGGGGCAUUCCUCCGUCUGGUGAGGGUCGGGGACAGGUUGGAGAUGAAGAGGGACAAGUACUGUCAUUGGGGAAUAUAUAUGGGAGAACAGAUACUGGAUAUUGAUGAUCAGUUGGUGGUGUUACCUUGUAUUGGGCACAGAGCCAAUCCUACGGACAACCCGGAGAAAAUGGGAGGGUUUAGUGCUAGCUUUAGGAGUAUGAGUAAGGGAGCUUUUGGGAUUGGAGAUGUUUGCCUUGAACCCCUGAGAGAGGUUUGGGGACGGAGUCUGCUUAGGAUUAAUAACAGUAUGGAUAAUACUGUUACUCCGUUCCCCUCCAGAAUAGUUGUUGAAAGAGUGAUGAAAGUGGUGAAUGGUGAGGAUAGACACUCCUUCACUGCUUACAAUGUUGUCACAAACAACUGUGAACAUUUUGCUUCUUGGUCCAGGAAUAGUUGGGCUCUUUCGCAUCAAGUUUACUCCGCCUCAGAACAGAUUCUUAAGUUGUCUAUGCUAGCUGUGUCAGUGCUGCUGCCCCGACCUCUAGCUGUUGCUGGAGGAAUCUGUAUUACAGGGAUACAGAUGUUGAAAGAGAUACGACGUGUUUAGAGGGAUAAUGAGACAGAAACAUAUUUAGGGCUCAUUUUAUGCAUUUCGAAAUCAAAAAUUUUAAUUUUUAGUUUAAAAAAUCUUAGUAUUUAUUUUAUUCAUAUUUACUUAGUAUCAUUUAUCUUUAAAAAUGUCCUAGUUUGUCAGGUGAAACUAAAUAAGAAAGUAUUUGCAGUGUAAAAUUUAUUAUAAAGAAACUCGAAAUCUGGUGAGCG